AUGAGCAAUAUCCCAAACAAAACAAUGAAAGAUCUGUCUUUCUUCUUCCUCAAGAAAUACUCUCUUGCCUCGAGAAUGCGAGGACGAGGUCCACGUGGCGGGUUCGGCUCUUGUGGUGGCGAUGGCUCGACUUCCACACUAACCCAACAUCAGACGACCGAUGUGGGACCAUCUGUCACACCUGAAAACACUCCUUUCGGUGGAGGGUCGCCGAGAACGCUGGAGGAGAUGAUACUUCAGCUAGAAGUUGAAGAAGAUAUUGUUCGAAGAGCUAGACUCCGUGAAUCUUACUACGGUACUUAUGAUCGUUGCGACGAUGAUGAUGAUAAGUUAUAUCAGCCUGUUAGGAUGUCAUGCGUUAACAGUUCUGAUAUCUUGAGGUCUGCGAGGAACGCAUUGAACCAGUACCCACGUUUCUCCCUGGACGGUAAGGAUGCGAUGUACCGGUCGUCGUUCAGGUGCCAGCUUGGUGCCGGUGCUGAUGUGGCGAGACAAGGUGGACGGAGAUCAAACUGCAGGGAAGAACGGAGAUCGAGGGGAUCGAGCCAGAUGAGCUUGGAGGCAAAACGCCUGCCUCGGACCGUGGCCGGGGAGAGUGUGGUGUGGUGUGAGACAGGGGUGGUUGCGAAGCUGAUGGGCUUGGAGAUGAUACCGGUUCCGGUCAAGGGCAAAACGGGAAAAGAUAAGUUAGGGACUCUGCUCAAGAGAGAGCGUCUAAGGAGGAGAGAUCGGACGCUGGACAUUAACGGUCGGAAUGGUCAGAGCACCCAAGCUUCUUGCUCGUCUGGAGGAUUUAGCGCGAUGAGAGCGGUUGGUUCACCUAGUCGCGUGGGUGGAUGGCCCACACUCCGUAUCCCAUAG